CGGAAACAGGAGGGGCUUUCGCGCACGUCAACUGACCCUCUCCUCUGCCUCGUCACCAAACCGCCGCAGAUAUCCACCCCACCCACACGCCUUCCUCGACGAAAAAUCCCCCACCUCCACCUCAUCACUGCCAUACGCAUCCGGCCGGCCCCAUCAAUCCCCCCGCGACGCGCGUGCCGCUCCGGCCACCGAACCCUAGGCCGCCCGCCCGCCCGCCCGCUCGCGGUAUCACUCGCCGCAGCCGCGCGGCCCCCCUGUCGCGCCGCCGCUCGGAUCCGAGAUGGAAUCACUACCCCUAACAGCUGAAGCUAUUGCCUUUACCGAGAAAAAGAUGGACAUGACUUUGGAGGAUAUAAUUAAGAUGUCAAAGAAAAAGAAUCCUGGAGGCAAGAAACCCCCUAGGCAGCCGAUCAAAAAACGCCCAUUCCAGAAUGGCAACUCUAUUCAAGGGAAUACCAAGGUUCAACGGUUUAUGGAAUCUAGAUCGACCAUCAGACAAGGUGUUCUUGCACAAAGGAGGUCAAAUCUUGGUGGAAAUCAGUUCCCUGUUACAAAACAGGCUGCGAAGAAGGCUGCUGCUAUGCCAAUGCGCAAUAAGGCUGGCAGAUGGAACAAGCCAAGUACGAGUACCUUAGUGCAGAGGAGGCCUGUCAGUGAUGCUUUUCAGAAUGGGAAGGCCAAAGAGACGCAGAACCAGGCAGCACCAAGGACGAUGGAUGCACUCUUUGCACAGAUGAAGGCUCAACGCAUGAGGACCGUGCCACAGCAGCAGGCAAAUCCUGCCACUGGGCAUCAGUUCAGCCAGCAGCGACGUGUUCAGCAGCAACAGAGGCGAGGCAGAGGAUAUGGUGGCCGUAAUGUUGGCAACCAAUGAAUUGAACUAGGCUUUAUCAGCGGCGCUAAAGCAAGGUUUUCACUGGUUUCUUGGAAGAAAGGACGAAACCCCCCUGGAAAUCUUACUUGAUUGCGUUUGUUUCGCAUAUUUUAGUUAUAUCGGAAGCUCGUGGACAGAAAUUAAGUGAAGCUUGUAUGCGGUUUUCUAGUUGCUGCUCCAUGUAUAAUGACCAACAUAAUGUAUGGAAAUUAUUUUGGUGCUAGACUAUGUCAAAUUUUGUUAGUUCAACUGAUUAGGUA